AAUAUCCGACAUAGUGUAGGCCACUUCCGCAUGUAAGUUGAGAAGAAAAAGGAAGGAGAACGAACAUGAUGUCGUUCCAAUGCUCUUACUCCUCCUCUUCAGUUCACCACCAGUACUCUAUUAUCAGCUGCAUAACCCCAAUAAUUCCCACUCUCAAACUCAAUAACAGAUUCAAAAUUCAUGCAAAAUCAAAUUCAGAUGCUGCACAAUCCACUUCAACCUCCUUUCUCUCCUUUCUCUGUCCCUUGCUCAAGCUUUUCUCUGGAGGAGAUCCUUCUCGACAACGUAAUUUCGCUUUAGAGCUAGCAACAUCUUCCUUGGCCAGCACAUCAAGGUUUGCAUGGGGAACAAAAUCCGUAGUUGAGAAUGCAGCUAGUAAAGAGAUAGAUUCAAAUCCUCCUCUUAGUUUACAGCUUUUUGAAUUUGAGGCAUGCCCAUUUUGUAGAAGGGUACGAGAGGCAAUGACUGAACUAGAUCUUUCUGUAGAGGUUUAUCCUUGUCCUAAGGGUUCUGUAAGACACAGAGAGGUGGUCAGAAAAACUGGUGGCAAAGAGAUGUUUCCUUUUCUCAUUGAUCAAAAUAGCGGCGUUUCUAUGUAUGAAAGUGGGGAUAUUGUAAAAUACUUGUUCGAGAGAUAUGGAGAAGGUAGAAGUCCAUCAUUGGGGCUUCUAGAGAGCACUAUUUUCACGGGAUGGAUGCCUACACUUCUACGAGCAGGUAGAGGAAUGACAUUGUGGGAACGUUCUAGGGUUGACCUUCCUCCUAGAAAGCUGGAGCUUUUCUCAUACGAAAAUAACCCGAACGCUCGAAUUGUGCGUGAGGCCUUAUGCGAGUUGGAACUUCCUUACAUUCUUCAAAAUGUAGGAGAAGGAUCCCGCCGAAUGAAGUUACUCUUGGAGGCCUCUGGAUCAAAAGAGGUUCCUUACUUUGUUGAUCACAACACUGGAUUUCAAUCUGGGGACUACAAGAUGAUCUUACCUUAUUUGUUUGAAACCUAUUCAUCGGCUAAUUUAUAAUUUCCACAUUCUACAAAUGAAAAACUUUUGUGCUUUCAAGUCAUUACAAAGCCUGUUUAAUGUUGUAUUAUUAUGUGAUAAACAAAAUCACAGGUACAUGUAAUAGAAAAAUUGUAAAUAAUUUCCUAUACAAAAAGGUUAAGUCGAAUAACUUUUUAUUUGGAGUUGUGACCAA